AUGGCGUCCGUCCGCGUUAUAUUGCUGUUGUGGAGUCUGGCGCUGUUGACGGCUUCGGCGCAACACCAGGAUGAAAAGUCUAUUCAUCUCACUGUCACGCAGAAGGCGAAGGAACCGAAAACCGCAACAAAGCAACAAGAAUUAGAAGAAGGAAGUGGGAGAGAGGAAGAAGAAAGUGCCGACAAGUUACUGCAAGACCUCUAUAUCCACUCGACCAGUCCCGUGCUGGUGUCCUACCUGGGUCACCUGGCCACGCCCCGUGACCUCUCUCAGCUCGACGCCAUCAUAAGGCGGCAGAGGCAGAUUCGCUUCAAGAGCUCAUAUCAAGAGCUUCCGGUGGUACUUCGGCAGCCGGUCGGGGCAAAAGACCUCACAGGACUUUCGUACUUCAUCCGCGUGGACGUUGACGAGGACCCGCCGCCCAGCACCGCCCUCACCCUCCUUCCCGAGGGCGCCAGGACCUACUUCCCGCCACAGGUCACGACACCCCAUCGCAAGAUCAAGAGUCGCCCCAACAAGGAUAAGAAGGAGAAAGAUGAAGAUUCCCCGUUGCUUCUACAGGAGCACACUAGCCAGAAGACAUCCAAGGGCCCGCAGAGAGACGGGCCCUCCAAGCCUGUCGCAGUUGGUGGUUAUCGAGAUAACAGUGAUUACGUGACUUCGAAGACUUCCUCGACUUCAACAGCCUCCAGACUUGUAGCCUCCCCCCCUUCCUCUUCCUUCUCUCCUGCAAACCCCACAAUAUCCCAGGCCAAAGACCCAAGGUUCCUCGCGAAGGGACUGACAGUCUCCUCGCGCUAUACCACUUUCCCUCAAUCUUCACUGCAGCCAAGUCACGACAGGUCCCUCACCUCUGGCCACUCCUCUUCGCAACGUUCUCCAGUUUCGGAAAAUUUAAUAAUUCACAACUUACUACCAUCUGAUUCUUCAGCUUCCUUCCUUCCGUCACCAAGUGGUCCUCAUUCCUUCAGCUCAAAUGUAUCGGAUGUCUCAGAUCCGGUCCAUUCUAGUAUCGUAACAUCACAGCCAAUCUUUAUAUUUGAAUCUCCUGGAUCUUCGUCUUCACAGUCUUCCUCUGAUUCUUUCGCACCUCCUGUUUCCCCGUCUCCGGUAAAAGCAUUAAAUGCGCCUUCACAAUAUUUGGAACUUCCUAACCUGUUUCCUCUACAUCCAGGAGUCUCUUUGCCUACUCAGUCUCUCGAACCAGCUCAUUCCCUUUCUCAGUCGUUUGCUACUCCUUCCAGUCCCUCUUUAAAUAUUCAGAGUCUCUCUCAACAUUUAGAACAACCUUUAGUUACUUCUCAUUCUUCCCGACUUCCUCAGAUUACAAAAUCGACUGCCAUUUCUUCUGAUCAAAAGACACCUCUUCCUCCAAAUUCUUUACGACUCUCAAAAGCUAUUCAGGUGUUCUCCCAGCCUUCUUCGCAAUCAAAUAGACCCUUCCAUGAACUUUCUUCUAUCAUUGAUACUCAGCGUGCCCCAGUCUUUAACUCGCCUGCUUCACCGGUAUCGUUAAAAGUUUCUCAGGAACUAGAACCUCCCUUUCAUCCCUUUUCUCAGUCUGGACAUGCUUCGAAUCCUCUCCCGGUACCGUCUCCUCUUUCUUCCAACCCUUCACGGCCAUCGAAAUCCUUUCCGCGACCCUUUUCUACUCCUCCUCCUCAGCCUUCUCCUCUUCAUCCGUCCCAUCCGAAAGGCACGCCCUCCUCUUCAUCCUCAGCUUCAUCAAUAACGACAGCUUCGCUUGGUGCCAAAGCCUCAUCCUCCCUCGCUUCGCCAACUCCCACUCAGAAACUAUCGCAAGAAUCCAUAUCCGCUUCCAAACUUCAGGCCAACACAAACACAUUCUCCAAACAUCGGUCUCGGCAAAACCAGACUCCAUUAACCUCUUCUAAAGUGUCCGAUCCUAGGCCUAACGCUAAAGCUAAAUCGAUUUCUAGUAAGCCAGUUAACAGCAUCCAACAAAGCGAGGCCCUCCGGCGAGGCAGGAGUGGGCAAGGUGGAAGCAGAAACAGAGAAAGAGACAGAGGAAGUGGAGACGGAGAAGGAAGACAAAUUCAAAGCGGAAUAAACUCCGCCACUCCUGUAGACGGUAAGACGCGAACUGUUCUUAACUCAGACGAUCCCUACGUCAACUCGAUACCCGGACGUAGUGGCAUCGACUACCCGACCUUCCAGACUUUGCCCAAAACAGGGUUCGACUGUUCCAGCAAGCAGUCGGGCGGUUACUAUGCUGAUCCUGAAGCCGAUUGCCAGGUGUUCCACGUGUGCUGGGGAAGGAGAAGGGCUUCAUUCCUCUGUCCAAUUGGAACAAUAUUCAACCAGCAAGUCCUCGUGUGCGAUUGGUGGUACAAUGUGGAUUGUGCAGCCUCGCCUGAACACGAAGGGGUCAACGCCGGUAUCUGGGAACCGAGAGUAACGAGAAAUCGGUUAUAGAUAAAGGAAAGGAGUUGCGGGGUGAAAUAACGAGCUGUGGAUGUCUGUGAUACCGUCUGUAGGUGGCUUCCGGUUUUAGCCGUAGAGGAGGUCUUAGUCAAGUGCGCUCGUCAGCUUCGAUUUUAAUGCUUGUGGUUGAUGUUUUCUUGCAUUCGAAAUGUUUAUAAAAAAAAAAAAGAAAAAAAAAAAAAAAGAAAACAAGCCCCGGUUAUCGAACAAUGUCUUUCCUUUCUUUCGCUGCGACUUCUGAAAAAAAUGAGUACAGUGAAGAAGCUCCCGGCCUGUUGCUUCAUCCAUAAAUGUAGCGGACGUGGAAAAGUGAAGCGGAAUCUCUAAUGUACAAGAUAGCCAUUAAAUUCAGAUUAGAAAGUAAAUCUAUUGGGUGAUAAGCAUAUACAUUUA